CUUUCUCUGACCGACGAUAUUUCAUAAUUCGAAACUGCGCGCAUCACCCUCGUCGUCGCCAUGUGCCUGGUGUUCACCUGUGGUGAGCACACCUUCCGCAGGGAGGUGGAAGGCUACGAGGGGCUCGUCUGCCAAUGCCAUAACUGCGGCAACUACUCGGCGUCUGUUAUUAGAUCACAUCCAUGGUUCACCUUUUGCUUCGUUCCCGUAAUCCCGUUCUCGAUAAGAGGUUACGAAGAUGUUGCGUGUCGCAUCUGCCACUUCGAGCAACCUCUCGCGCACCGGCCCGACGUUCAGGCGCUCCGCGGCCAAGGAGGCCAUGGAAUGCCGAUGCAGCCGCCUGGACCGCCGCAAGGGUGGGGUCCGCAGGGAACACCCAAGCCGAACCAACCGAUGAGAUAUGGCUGAGAUGGAUGCCGUGGAGAGGCGGUUACUCUAUGUGCGUUCGGGAUAUGGCGUCGUUGGCUGGGCCCGGCAGCAUGCCAUCCACUGCGCUGACUAGCACGCAUGACAUUGGGCGGCAGCAAGGUGUUCAAGACGUCCAGGUGCAUCGUUUCCAGACUUGAUCCUGUUUUUGACAAGCCCGCGGAGAGCCCUAACCGAGUAUGCUUGGGCGCUUUCCAGUGCUGUAUUGACACUAAGAGGCGCCAGGGAAACGUUAUCACGGGAUGCCUGUUGUUGGGGCGUUUACUCAUUCGUGCGCCACAGCUCAGAGGAGGCAUCCGGAGGCUCUCCGAGGCUAUAUCCCGUCCCGAUCCGAUCACUUCACAUCUCCUUUUUUUUACAUGACACUACUGUGUAUCACAUAGCUACCUAUCUUCUUGAGCGCUCUCUUGUUCUGGGUGACAGGCUCGAUGGACAGGGACAUGAUUGCUCCGGCCUCUCUCAGCAUGUCGAUGAAAACAAUCCAAACAGCGAUUCAGAGUUAUUGCGCCG